AAAAAACCUCCCGAUCUCCCGACCUCCACCACCGCCACCAUCGAUGGACGACGCCCAGCAGCAACCCCAGCCCAACCCCUACCCGGCCCAUCCUCCGCCGCAAUCGGCCGCCGGAGCCGCGGCCGUGGCGCCGUUCCACCAGCUGCUGCGGCAGCAGCAGCAGCAGCUGCAGGUGUUCUGGUCGUACCAGAGGCAAGAGAUCGAGCAAGCGAACGACUUCAAGAACCACCAGCUCCCUCUGGCCCGGAUCAAGAAGAUAAUGAAGGCCGACGAGGACGUGCGCAUGAUCUCCGCCGAGGCCCCCAUCCUCUUCGCCAAGGCCUGCGAGCUCUUCAUCCUCGAGCUCACCAUCCGCUCCUGGCUCCACGCCGAGGAGAACAAGCGCCGCACCCUCCAGAAGAACGACAUCGCCGCCGCCAUCACCCGCACCGACAUCUUCGACUUCCUCGUCGACAUCGUCCCCCGCGACGAGCUCAAGGACGAGGCCGCCGGCCUCGGCGCCGCCAUGGUUGGGUCGCCGGCGAGCGGGGUCCCCUACUACUACCCUCCGAUGGGGCAGCCCGCCGCGCCGGGGAUGAUGAUCGGGCGCCCCGCCCUCGACCCCGCCGGAGGAGUCUACGUGCAGCCUCCUCCGCCGUCGCAGGCGUGGCAGAGCGUGUGGCAGACUGCCGCGCCCGACGACGGCGCAUACGGCAAGCCGGGGGAUCUCGAUGGCCAAGGAUAUGUGUACCAUGAAGGGAAAGCAAACCACCAAAUGUGAGGGAACGAAGGGGGGGGGGGGGGGGUGUGGAGGUCUGAGAGCUUUGAUGCAGCUGAGAACCUAGGAAUGAACUGUUCUGGAUUAAUCGACUGAUAUUAUGGCAGCCAUCUAUAACUCUUCAUAGUUUAAUACGGUAAAUGAAUAGUCAAAACCAUUGGACAGAAGAUGCUUGCCAUAUGUUUGAAAUGUUUUGAGCCAAAUACAAGAAAGUCAGUACUUUGAUUAUUCUGUCAGCUGGUUGGGGUUGGGUGUUACUGGAUCAUUCCAACCUGUAGGGCAUCCAAACUAACUCCAACUCCAUAGUCAUCAAUAGUGGCCAAUGGCUUGAGCUUAUUAGCUUGUAUAGUUGCUUAAAGAAAGCCCCUCUAGGAGAUAUAGGAUAUAUGGCAGACUGUAUACUACCAAUGCACAACUAUGAUUUUAAUUGACUAAAAUUCUGGUGAGAAGUGACUGCCAUUAUUUGAACAAUGUGAGAAUAUCGAUCUCCUCGACACCUGUUAAGUGAGAGAGAUCUUUCCUUUUCCCCCUUUCAGGUUAGUUGAUUGAAUCUGUAUUGAUAUGCUCUAGGACAGAUAUCUUUAAUAGUAUACUUAGGUAGAAUGAUUGUUCACUUGUUUCUGUUUGCUGAGUGAAUUUGUCUAAGGCUUAAGAAUUCUCAAUGAUAAAAAAUGCCACUUCCUUUUUCCCCCGAUAUACUUUAUUCUGUCGAAUGAAACUUCAUGGCGAAUCUUCUUUGUGAAUGUAAGUUGGUCAUCUAGAUGAUUCUGCAAUUUUAACGUUUGUCAGGGUAGUGAGAGUUUAUUUGCCAGUUCAAACAUUGCAUUAACCUUAAAUAGUGAAAGGGAGAUGAUUGCUCCUUUAAGUGGAUUGUAAAGCCUGAGUAUAAGCUCUAGCAUAUGGCUGCUGACUUCUUUGCCCUUUUAUGGACUGUGAAGUUAACUGUGGGACUCGGGUAUCCUCUAGUGCCUCGUGGGUGUUAAGAAUUUUUGCUUAUCUCAGUAAAAGGUGUUGGUAGUGGUACCAAAUCAAGAGUUCUUCUCAGAAGUCAUUACUAUGUGCUUUUUUUUAUUUAUGAUUUGAGUUUGUAUAGUGGAAGGUUUUUUUUCUUUUUGGUUUUAAGUGUAGUGGGAGGUUGUUCAUAUGAUAUUUUGGCUUCGUGUUGGCACUUGAAUCUUAUGCUGGCUCUGACUGCCUACUCGUCUUUGUAUGGAUCCUCGAUAAAUGUUUGAGAAGAUAAUGCUCGGAAAAGUAUUACC